GGAAACUCCUACCCGCCGCCACCUGCCCGGGGAGCUUUCUCCCCGUCCCCCUGCAGUUUCCAGCCUUUGUACCGCUCUCAGCGGGUGCCCCACAAGCGUUCGGGGGAAAAAACAAACAAACAAACAAAACCCAAGUCGCUGGAUCCAGCUGUCUCUGACACUGACGAAAACAGCCCAUCAUACACCAAAAUUUCAAGCAGAGGAGCUCAAGGCACCUGUGCUCAAAUGCAGUUAACAAAGAGCAGCAGCCACCAGUGGCAGGAGACACGAAAAGAUGCACAGGAAGAGUCAUAUGAGGAGAUAUAUGAAGAGAUGCGCUUGCAGAAGAAUAUACUAGUCAAAAAUGACGUAAAGAUCGACAAAGAUGGUCUCACUGAUCUCUAUAUUCAACAUGCCAUUCCCCUGCCUCAGCGUGACUUACCAAAAAGUAGAUGGGGGAAAAUAAUGGAAAAGAAAAGACAGCAAAAUGAGUCGAAAAGUGAGAAUACAAGUGUUACAACAGUGGAAGGUUUAAGGAAACGGCCAUUAAUUGUAUUUGAUGGCAAUUCAACAAGUACAAGCAUAAAGGUGAAGAAGACGGAGAACGGAGCUGCUGAUCGCCUAAAACCUCCUCCAGCGGGAAGCACCACCAACACUGUUAGAAGAUUAUCAGUUCCUUCAAAUGCCUCAACAUACAUUUCAGCCUCCAGUUUUUCAGAGGACGCUAAGCUGGGAAUGAGGAAUAACGAGGCUAAGCAGAACAAUAUUUCAAAGACUAACAGCAGUGUGUUGGCUAGUCUGAAGGUGUACCCUUUGUCUCCAGUAGCAGGAACUACUGUUGUGAAGUUAAAGAGAGCUGUUCCAAAAGAAGAAUCUGAUUUGCCGAAUGACCUAAAGCCUACAGAAGCAAAGAAGAAAAUCCAGCAUGUUACAUGGCCAUGAAGUAGCUAAUGGUGCUUGAAACAUAAAUGUUACUUCCAUAUUUUCAAACAGAUAAGUCAUAUUUAAACAGUUUAAGUACAAUUCUUUUUAAACCUUACAGGGAUUCAGAUUGCUGUGAAGUUUUAACAAGUUUAAAAGUUCCCUGUUGUAAAGCUGGAGUCAUUAUCACAAGUCACCUUACGAAUGUCUACUCUUGUACACCAAGUAGUUCAUUACUUCUUUAAAAGGUGGUAAUAUUACAAUAUACUAAAAUCCCCACUUUUAGUUUUCAAGAUUAUUAUAGUUCAUCUCCUGCAUGUCCUUAUGAUUCACACAUAUAAAUUUUUUUUUUUUUUUUUGUUUCAGUAAGAUUCAGUUUUGUUCCACUUCUGGUUAAAUAGUUAAAAUAGCUAUUGAGAUUCAGAGUGAUCCCAAGAGCCUUCUUGGCUUCAAAAAGAGAAUUCAUUUAGAUGAGAAAACUGACCACUCUGCUGAUAAGAUAGUCUGAGACAAAAUUUUUUUCCUUUUUGUUGCACAGAACAGGAGUGUAGAAUUUACAGUGCAAGUUAGGUUGGUAAUAAGAGAUGAACUAUUCAACAGCAUUAC